AUGUGGGUGAAAGAUGUUCUCCUCUUUUAAUCCCUUUCCCCCUUCCUCUUCUUCCUUCAUUUUUCUUCUCAUUUAAUCCUCUUCUCCUCCUUUUAUCACCCUUUUCUUCUCUUCCUCCUCUUCCUCUCCUUCCUCCUCCUCCUCUCUUAAUUCUUCUUCUCCUUUAAUCUUCCUCCUUUCCCUCCUGCUCUUCCCUUCCUUCUCCUCUUUUUAAUCCCUUUCCCCCUUCCACCUCUUCCUCUCCUCCAUUCUCCUCCUUUAAUCCUCCUCCUGGCCCAAAGUUAAGCCCUGGCUGAUUUUUUUGCGGGCUCAGAAAUUAAGCGGGGAUAAACCUGCAUAAUCCUGGGAUGGGAGACCACCAGGAAAUUCCAGGAAGGUUGAUUAAACUAGGAAACAGAAAGAAAAAAAAACCACAUCAUAAAAAGAACCACAAACCACUUUGGUGUUGCUGAUUGGACCUGCCCACUUACACCAUUGAGUCCAAUAAAGAAGAUUUUGCUUUGAUGUGGGACGUAAAGAGAGGGCACCAGUUUUCAUGGCGGGCAUCUAGACCGACGGAAGCAACUUCAGGAAGAGAAGAUAACUGAGAUGAUGUUCAUGCCACAAAUUCUUCUGAGAUAGAAAAUUUAUUUAUUUUGGAGUUCUGGGUGCAGAUGACUUUGUUCCAAGAUAACUCCCACUUAACUGGAUGGAAAAUUUGAAAUCUAUUUUAGCAACUUAAGAAGAGGGUUGUUUGCACAAAAUAGGGCCAAUCUUUUUUUUUUCGAAGAAAUUGCUCACCUGGGCAACGGUCUUCCCUCCCUUGUCUAAAAUCAAAGCAAAACAGCUUUACCCACCUGAAAAGGAUGCCUGCAGGAUUGUGGGUGGUCCAUCACUGAAGGUUUCCAAAAAUAGAUUGGAGAACCCUUUGAAUAGGAUGCUGAUAAACAGAAAAAGGAAAGAGGGAGGAAAAACUGCGUUCUCACAAAACCUCUGGAUUAUCAGGAUAGUUUUCUGCCGGACGCCACUUCCCAGAGGUCGAUGCUCGUCCGCUCAGGCCACGCCUCGGUGGAAGGAAUCAGCCACCGCUCCUGUAUCAAAUCCUGAUUUCGUGGGUCCCCUCUCUGAUUUUGGAAAAACCUGGAGCGGUUUGGGAACCACCAUGGUCUGGUGCCUGUGCUUUAUGUCCGAGGACGAGAAAAAUGCCAUGGUGAUCGAUAAAGAAAUCAGCCGGCUGCUUCAAGAGCAGAAGAAACGAGACCGAUGGGAGUUAAAGUUACUACUGUUGGGCACUGGAGAAGGUGGAAAAAGUACCUUUAUCAAACAGAUGAGGAUUAUCCACGGUGUGGGAUUCACGGAAGACGAACGGAAGGACUUUUCCAAAGUGGUCUAUCAAAACAUCUUCACCGCUAUCCAGGCUAUUAUCAAAGCUAUGGAGAGCCUGCAGAUUCCUUAUGGCCAGGAGGAGAAUGCACAAAAUGCCCAGCGGCUUCUGAAUGUCGAUGCCUACAAAGUAGCCUCCCUGGAGCCCCACCACGCAAGGAUCAUUGGCGGCCUCUGGAAGGAUGCCGGCAUUAGGACCUGUUAUAAGAGGAGAAGCGAAUUCAACCUGCUCGAUUCGACAUCCUACUUCCUUUCGAAUCUGGACCGCAUUGCUUCUGAGGGGUAUGUGCCAAGUGCCCAGGAUAUCUUGAGAACUCGCGUGCCCACGACGGGCAUUAACGAGUACUGCUUCUCAAUGCAAAAGGUGAUGUUAAGGAUUGUUGAUGUUGGUGGGCAGAAAACUGAACGCCGGAAGUGGAUCCACUGUUUCGAAAACGUGAUUGCCUUGAUCUAUUUGGCUUCUCUGAGCGAGUAUGACCAGUCGCUGGAGGAGAAUAAUAGCGAAAACCGAAUGAGGGAGAGUUUGGAUCUCUUCAGGACCAUUCUGGAGCUGCCCUGGUUCUGGAACACCUCGAUUAUUCUCUUCUUGAACAAAGUGGACAUCCUGGAAGAGAAAAUCCUCACCUCGGAUCUGGCCGCCUAUUUCCCCACUUUCCCAGGUCCCAAGCGAGACGUUCACGCGGCCAAACGCUUCAUCUUCGAGAUGUACGACGACAUCUUCCACCAGUGUCUCGACGAGCCUCUUUGUGGCGGUUCCCCUUCCGCCUUCAGACCCCGGUUCCUUUACCACCAUUACACCUGCGCCACCGACACGCAGAACAUCUGCGCGGUUUUCGCGGAUAUCAAGGACGCCGUUCUGGCCAGCUACUUGGAAGAGUUCAACCUGGUUUGAAGAGGCCGGCUCCAGGUGCAUCACGGAAUUGCUGGGCGUGCAAAUCCAGAUGUGGCGUCGGUCGUGAGAAACAGAGCUUGCAAGAAGCUGAAUUCACAAGGAAGCAUCCCUGCGGGUGAUGCCUGGAUGGAAAAAGCGACUGUUUGUCAUAUCCUUUGCCCCGUCUUCCUGUGGGAACCUUGGACCGAACGGGGGGCAAUCCGGAGUCUCAGUGCUGGGAAGGAUUUUUUGAAAUAAUGUUGCAGCUGCACCACUGAACAGAUGUACCAGAAUAAGAGUUAGAAGGGACCUCGAAGGUCUUCUAGUCCAACCCCCUGCUCAAGCAGGAAACCCGACACCAUUCCAGACAAAUGGUUUCCAAUCUCUUCUUAAAAACCUCCAGUGAUGAAGCAUCCGCAACUUUUGUAGGCAAGUCGUUCCGCUGAUUAAUUGAUUAAAUUAAUCAACGGAACUGAUUAUCUGAAUAAAGCAGGGGUGCUAUUCAGCAGGUUCUGACAGGUUCUGGAGAACCAGUAGCGGAAAUUUUGAGUAUUUCGGAGAACCAGCAGAUACCACCUCUGGCUGGACCUAGAGUGGGGUGGGAAUGGAGGUUUUACAAUAUCCUUCCCCCAGGAAUGGGGAGGGAAUGGGGAUUUUUUUUUUUUAAUUUGAUUUAUAUGCCGCCCUUCUCGGGAGACUCAGGGCGGCUUACAAUGCGUUAAGCAAUAGCCUUCAUACUUUUGUAUAUUUUUAUACAAAGUCAGCUUAUUGCCCCCACAAUCCGGGUCCUCAUUUUACCUACCUUAGAAAGGAUGGAAGGCUGAGUCAACCUUGAGCCUGGCGAGAUUUGAACUCGCAGUAAUUGCAGGCAGCUGAUGUUAAUAACUGUUAAUAACAGUGCUUUAGUCUGCUGCACUACCAGGCUCCUUCUUUUGCAGUAUCCUUCCCCUGCCACGCCCACCAAGGCACACCACACCCACUGAGCCACGCCCACAGAACUUGUAGUAAAAAAAAUUGAAUUCCACCACUGGAUUAAAGUCUUAGUAAGGCCA